GAGAAAUUAAAAAGGCAAUGAAAUAGUAUUUAGAAUAAUUGUUAAUCCUGUUGGAGUAAUACGAAAAAAGGACCCAUGACCAUGAGACGAUUUUAGAUUUAGACGACAUCUUCAUUCAUAAUUAAUCUAAUCUAGAAAAAGCUUUCUUUUCAUUAUUCAUCAAAAUUGGAGAAGAAGAAAUAUUCAAUGUAGUUUGAUUUUGAUUAUCCAAAAAAUCAAUCCUCAAUAUUGAAGAUAGCAUAGAUCAAUAGGAGGAAGGUUGGGGGUGGGGGGAGCGCGGCCAUUAGUGAAGAUAAUGCCAAGCGUAGCGGUCAAGUUAUACAGCGUUUUCUUCAAAUUCUUGUUAAAACACCGUCUUCAGAAUCGUUUCCAAAACACGGCGGAUGACACGGAGAACGGCAAAUUAAACAACGGGUUCGGAGUCACCACUCGCCCGGAUGAAUCCGUGGUAGCAGCUAACCCGGUGUUCACCGACGGCAUCGCAACUAAGGAUAUUCAUAUUGACCCUUCUACUUCUCUCUCCGUUCGUAUCUUCCUCCCCGAGACGGCGAUUUUGUCGUCGUCGUCGGCGGAACCCAAGUCCAAAAUUAGGGUUUCUAAUAAAAGGGUUGAUGCGAUUGUGGAAGAAUCUGGAUCGACCAAUUUUCUUCGGAGGAAUAGCUUCGGACCGUCGUCGGUUGAUCCGGGUAAUGGGGAUCAAUCGUCGAGGAGGAGUAGUUAUGGUAAUGUGGGUGUUGAAAAUGGGGUUUAUAGGGGUUAUUUGCCGUCAAUUGAGCAUAGCAAAGGUGAUAAAUUGAGGAAAUUACCGGUUAUGUUACAGUUUCAUGGGGGUGGGUUUGUUAGUGGGAGUAAUGAUUCUGUGGCCAAUGAUUUCUUCUGUCGGCGGAUUGCGAAAUUUUGUGAUGUUAUUGUGCUGGCUGUUGGGUAUAGAUUAGCACCUGAGAAUAGGUACCCAGCUGCUUUUGAGGAUGGUUGGAAGGUAUUGAAUUGGCUUGCUAAGACGGCGAAUUUAGCUGAGUGCAGUAAAUCAUUGAUCAGUAGAGGUGGUGGUGGCAUUGGAGGUGGAGGUACUGGUGGCAGCGGUGCUGCUGGUGGCGAUACUAAGAAAUCAGAUGUGCUCCGACAAACUGUUGCGGAUACUUUUGGUGCUUCCAUGGUGGAGCCGUGGUUGGCCGCUCAUGCAGACCCUUCCAGAUGUGUUCUUCUUGGUGUUAGUUGUGGGGCAAACAUUUCGGACUACGUUGCUAGAAAAGCAGUUGAGGCUGGGAAGCUGCUUGAUCCUGUGAAGGUUGUGGCACAGGUGUUAAUGUAUCCAUUCUUUAUUGGCAACGUCCCUACACAUUCAGAGAUAAAGUUAGCGAAUUCAUACUUCUAUGACAAGCCUAUGUGUAUACUUGCAUGGAAGCUCUUCCUGCCAGAAAAUGAGUUUAGCUUAGACCACCCAGCAGCAAAUCCAUUAAUUGCAAAUAGAGGACCUCCAUUAAAACUUAUGCCUCCAACACUGACGGUGGUCGCUGAACAUGAUUGGAUGAGAGAUCGGGCCAUUGCCUACUCAGAGGAGUUGCGAAGGGUCAAUGUGGAUGCACCGGUUCUGGAAUACAAAGAUGCUGUCCAUGAAUUUGCAACACUUGACAUGCUUCUGAAGACACCUCAAGCACAGGCCUGUGCUGAAGAUAUUGCCAUCUGGGUUAAGAAGUACAUCUCAAUUCGUGGUCAUGAAUUUUCUUACUGAUUUCCAAAUUCUUGUUAACUUUUUAUGAUUGGUGUCUGUAGAGUUGUGCUUGAUCCCAUGUCCUCUGACAUUGUAUUCUAGAGUCGAAGCUGCUGUAUCAAUUGGAAUUGGCAUCAAAGGGAAAUUUGCACUUUACCCAGUCUCUUAUGUGGUUACUUUGAUUUCAAUUGUUUUUUGGUUGUAAUAUUGGGUUUGAUGGGGACUGUGGUGUAGUAUUUAGCUACAUGUAAUUGCACUUAUCAACCGACUGUCACCAAUUGGUGACGGUUUUGUGAAAAGUAUCUCUUGUACUAAGAUGUAUCAUGUACGGACAAGAAAUGAAAAUUAUUUUCAUUA